UUCUUAUAGCACAUUCUAAACGAGGAAAGCUGUUUAGGCUCAAAUUGUAGCAUUUAGGCACCAUUACCUAACCUUCUUGGGUUCUUCGCAUCACCCUCCCCAAGCCUUCAACGCCAAAGUUCACCGCCCCACAAACAAUCUCAACUUUCAUCAUAUACCUAUUUAUCUUUAAAUUGUUUCUUUGAUUUGUAGUCACACCUACCAAUUUCUCAUGACUUCGUCUGUGUCACCCUCCAAUUCUGUCGAUUCAAUUUGAUUUGAUUAGUCAAAAUUCUUCCAAAGUAUGAGUUCGUUAGUGGGUUCAUCAGUUUACCCUCUAAAUUCCCGGAAUGUAUCUUAUCUCUCGACUGGGAAUCGUACAUCUCGCAAAAAAGUUGAUACUUCCUCGAUCUACACAAGAAAAUUCGUCUGUUGUAGUAUGGCUCCGCAGAAUUUGAAGCCCGCUGAUGAAUUUCGUCCCUCCAAAUUCAACCAGGAUUCGUCUUUGAAUUUGUUUACAGAAGAUUUGGAUGAGACAGAUGUGCUUAUCGAAUGUAAAGAUGUUUACAAGUCAUUUGGGGAGAAACACAUAUUAAGUGGUGUAAAUUUUAAGAUUAAGUAUGGGGAAGCAGUUGGAAUCAUUGGGCCUUCUGGCACUGGGAAAUCUACUAUUUUAAAGAUCAUUGCAGGGCUCCUUACUCCCGAUAAGGGGGAAGUUUACAUUCGAGGAAGAAGAAGACAUGGAUUAAUAAGUGAUGAUGACAUGUCCGGCCUUCGAAUUGGGCUGGUAUUUCAAAGUGCAGCACUUUUUGAUUCUUUAACAGUUCGGGAAAAUGUUGGUUUCCUUUUAUAUGAACAUUCAAGAAUGCCCAGAGAUAAGAUUCAAGAACUUGUUGCAGAAACCUUGGCUGCAGUUGGGUUAAAGGAUGUUGAGGACAGGAUGCCAUCUGAGUUGUCUGGAGGGAUGAAAAAAAGAGUGGCUUUAGCAAGGUCUAUAAUAAAUGAUACAACAAAAACCACAAUUGAACCUGAGGUGCUCUUGUAUGACGAACCAACCGCGGGGCUUGAUCCCAUCGCAUCUACCGUAGUUGAAGAUUUGAUCCGGUCCGUUCAUUGCAAAGGUAACGAUGCACUCGGGAAACCUGGGAAGAUCGCGUCUUAUGUUGUUGUAACUCACCAACACAGUACCAUUAGAAGAGCCGUUGACAGGUUGGUUUUUCUUCAUGAGGGAAAGGUUGUAUGGGAAGGAAUGACUCAUGAAUUCACUUCAUCUGCUAAUCCAAUUGUUCAGCAGUUUGCCUCAGGGAAUUUGGAUGGGCCUAUUAGGUACUAAACCAUAAUGCAAAGAUUAUGUUAAAGAAAACUUUAAAGAAAGUCAACGGAUCCCGUAAAAAGUCAAAAUUUGAACAAAGUAGAUACCAAUUUGAGGUGAUCCCAAUUCGAGCUUUUUGCACAAGUGUUUGGUUGGAAAUAGGAAUUGCAUUCUUUUUGCUAGCGGCUUCUAAAGUAAAUGCUCAUAUUGAUGUUAGAUUUUAGUUAACACUUGUUAAAAAUGUAUUCUUGGUUUAUAUGUUUAAAUGAAUAAUGAAAGUUAAAGGUACUAGAAAAGUAUAAAAUGGACAUGAACCAUGCAAAAAAAGUUUGAUUGAAGUCGGUUCAAAGAAACCUUGGUCCGGUUUACUAUAGA